AGUACAAGACUAUUAUGGUCGAUAAAAGAUGACAACCACUUAGUCUAGAUAUUGAGAGUCUACUUACAAAUAUUAAUUAAAAAAAAAUGAAGAAAGUCUUCUAAUGACUAUUCUUUCUCAUAUAUGUUUAGAUAUAUAUUCUACAUUUUCAAUAAAAGCUAAUGUAAUUUAAAACAACUUCUUUAAUGUUGAUAUCUAGAUCUAUAGUCUGUACAUAAAUAAUCAUUCAUUAUAAUCGAUUACUUUGCGAAAUAAUUAGGCCAAUCGUGCCAAACAAUGUUGGUCGAAAAUGGUGUCAAACAUUUACAGGACAUCUAUUCUAAUCUAUAAUCUAGGUCUAGACAUCUAAAUCUAUCUAUGACAGGUGAUUCACGUGACGAUUGGAACUCGACUUCUUUUAUUUAGAUGAUGAUGGCAAUAGAAAGAAAUGAGCAUGGAGGCACCCAAGCUCUCACAGACUCUGGCAAUGGCUACUCACGACUGGUUGGAUUUGUGUAUGUUUUCAAUUUGAUUGUUGGAACUGGGGCAUUAACCAUGCCAGCAGCUUUUAGAGAGGCAGGAUGGCUUCUCAGUUUAAUAAUAGUUAUAGUAUUAGCUUUUAUGAGCUAUUUAACACUGACAUUCAUGAUAGAAGCUAUGGCAAUAUCAAAUGCAAAAAUUAGAUUUUAUGACAUUGUUUCUGCAACUUCAGGGAAGCGUAAUUCAUUGGAUACAUCACUCAACACAGACGAGACUCAGCCUUUGAUUCCCAAGCCCAAAUAUAGUUACUCUGAAGUGAAACCAAGCUUUGAAAUAACUGAGAGAGUAGAAAUGGGUACAAUGGCUUCCAUGUAUUUCAAUAAAGUUGGUCUUUUACUGUUCCACUUGUGUAUAAUUAUUUAUCUCUAUGGAGAUCUGGCUAUAUAUGCUGCCGCUGUGCCCAAGACAUUACGUGAUGUGGCUUGCACCUUUGAACUCAACUAUACAUCCCAGAAUUUGACAGACAGUGAUCCUUGUUGGCCGAGUAGUCCCAAUGUCAGCAGGAUGGAUGCUUACAGAAUAUUUGUGGCUUGUUUUAUCCUUCUCCUUGGACCAUUUACAUUCUUCAAUGUUCAGAAGACAAAGUAUUUGCAAAUUAUGACUUCACUUGCUAGGUGGAUAGCAUUCCUAAUGAUGAUCAUUCUGGCCUCCAUCUGGUUGGCUCAAGGUAAAGGCCAAAGCACUCCUGCAGUGGCCAGAAUCGCUGGCGUUCCCAACCUGUUUGGUGUGUGUGUGUACAGCUUUAUGUGCCACCACUCCUUACCAUCUCUUGUGACCCCCAUCAAGAACAAGAGACACAUCAUGCCAGUGCUGGCCGGAGACUACGCUGUGAUAUUAGUGUUUUAUCUUAUUCUGAAUUUCACCGCCAUUUUCGCUUUAGAGGAUAUCGAGGACCUCUACACUUUGAACUUCAAACCCAGAAGCUCCACUUCUUUAACUGACAUCGUCCCAAUCCAGUAUUUCUUGGCGUUGUUUCCAGUGUUCACCAUAUCUACCAGCUUCCCCAUCAUCGCCAUCACUCUACGCAACAACCUCAUUGCCAUGAUUACCUCGUAUUUUGGCGCCGUCCAUGGGUAUGUCUCCAAAAUUAUCUGCCCCCUGUUGGCCAUCAUUCCACCGCUGAUCGUUUCAAUGACCACCAAUCAGCUCCAGUACCUUGUGGGCUUCACCGGUUCCUACGCUGGUGCUGGGAUUCAGUACGUCAUACCUGCAUUUCUUGUCUACCUGGCACGCAAAGACAUAUUAGCUAUAGGUGGCGGCUAUCUGCACCAGUCGCCUUUCUCCCACAAGUCAUGGGUUAUCAUCACAGUAAUAUGGGCGCUUAUUUGUGUAGCAUUUGUAACAACCAACUACAUUAUUAGCUAUUCUUAAGACUUUUACCUCAUUUUAAGCUUGAUCUAUUUGUAAAUCAGAAAAUGUCUACAUCAAAACAGGAAGUGAUGCAUCUUCACUUGUCUUGUUCAAAUGGAUACCGGUAUUUGUUAUAUGCUUUCAAUGCAAUGCUUCUAAGUUUUUUUUGUUGCAAUGUUUUUAAGUUGUUUUUAUUGCUCAACUCGUACACAUUUUGGCUGGUUGAAAUGUUAGUACAACCAGCUGCUCUACUACAUACAUCAGUUUCACUGAACUGUUUAGAUAGAUUAGCAAAUAUUGUUUUUUACUUAUUUGAAAUAUGUUGACCUUUAAUAAAGUUGGAGCCGCAGUGGCUGAGUGGUAAAGCACUUGGCUUCUGGUAUUUUUAUUUUUGGGACCUUCAGGGUACCUCUCAGUCCAUCUAGCUUUAAUGGAUACGUGACAUUAGUUGGAGGAAAGUAAAGGCGGUUGGUCGUUGAGCUGGCCACAUGACGCCCUUCUUAACCACGAACCACAGAAACAGAUGACCUUUACAUCAUCUGUCCUAUAUUUCACAAGGUCUGAAAGGGAAACUUGACUUUUUUCAAUAAAGCAAAAUUAGAAUAUGUCAGCUGAAAAGAUGGCUGCUCUAGUUUAAGUUACUUUAGGACAAGUGAACACUCACUUUAUGACAAGGAUGACUCAGAGGCAAAACAUACAUUUCUCAUAUAUUUAAAAAAGGGCUUGACUUUGUUUCGUGUAAGAAGUCCUGUGUUUGAAAUGUACCAGAUUUAGAUCUACUUCAUUCUUUUUAUCAGUUGCCUUGCCAUGAAAUGCUAUGCUCUCAAGACUAGCAGAAUGUUUUAAUCAAUUAUAGCACACUAACUCUCUUCCCAUAAUAAGUCCACAUGAACUUUCCAUGCAUUGUUACAUGGUUAAAUAGGUUUGAAGGAUGGCCCAGUUGUCCACCUUAUUGUUUUGUUUGUUUUAUAAUAUUCUAACAUUUUCAUCAGAAAUGAUUAUUACUUCAUAGCCCUAGCCUCCAACAGGAUGGCAGCUGACAAUGUUUGAACUCAAGUCCACCUUGACAGUCCCCACAUACCACUCUGCCAAGUAGCAAUACUGUUUAUAACUCAGUAGUUUAAGUGAGUGGUAUUUUUAAUGAGAGACAGGGUGCAGUAAAAAUUUUGUUUUAUUAUUAUUAUGUGAACUGAAUAAACAAUACUUCUAGAUCCAUUGACACAAAAUGAAAUGUUUUAUUUUUUUUUGAAAGCUCUAGUUCCUGUCAGACAGAAUGCUUGCCAGGAAACAUUCAAACUUUAAUGUCAAUGUAUUUUAACUUUAAACAGAGCUUGUACAGGGCUGACUUAUUUGUGAUUUUAUGCUUUCUAAAUGGCUUUAUUACUUAAUACGUAUACAAUCCAUAAGAAAUGAUUAUUUCAAGACUAUGGUUCAUUGUUGGCCAUAUCUCCUUUAGUUGACUGUAUUUGAUCACUCAGAUUAAUUCUCUUUUAACGUUAGUCCUUUUCCUAUCAUUAUAUUGUUUGUUACCUGUAAGCAACAAUAAAUCUCGGUGCUUACAUUGUCUGUAAUGGAUAUCAAAUGAUCAGAUGUAUUUUUAAUUUUAUUUUUGGACUCGCAUGGAAGGAUGUAUUGGUGGAGUUGAGGAUAGCGCGUUUUAACAUAUCCCUCAUGAUGGGACACCCAAUUUGAAUUGCUGAUGUUUUAAAUGUGUGAAACUUUUUAAAGACUCAUUUUGAUUUGUAAAACAUUUCAUAGAUUUUCCCCAUUAAACUAAGUGUUUUAUUUACUGUCAUGUUUUUCAGUUACAUAACUUAUUGUAAUUUACAAAGGUUGCUUCCAGCAUCAUAUUAUAUUGGAAUGGCAACAUGGUUCAUACAGGUUUUAACAUUGAAUUUGUUCAAUUGGCUUGUUGUCUUAUUUUAUGCAUAAACUGUCUCCCACCAUUGUGUCAAACUAAGUGUUCGGGGGGAACCAAAGAAUCCCUUCACUACACGGUAACCACUAGUUAUACGACUUGGAUGUGCAGUCAGAAUUCCAUUGAGUUAUUCCAUUGCUGAAAUGUUUGUAAUAUAUUGAUGAUUUGUCUUUCAGAAACUGUAUAUUGAACUGUGUAAUAUAUAAAUAGAGAAUAAAAGGAAUUGUUUUUAACAAAA